AUGAAUUUCCUCCUUUUCCUCCUCCAGCUUCUCACCAUCUCUCUCCCUUACAUUCCAAGAAAUGUUGCCGAACUAGUCUAUGACACGGAAGGUAAGGAGCUAACUAGCAAGCACAACUACUAUAUCCUCCCAGCCAAACGCCUGAGUGGCGGUGGCCUUACAACAAUCCAGAUUGGCGAACAAUGUCUCCAUUUCGUGCUCCAGGAGCACAACAGUACAAACCUCGGCACCCCCUUGCGGUUGACACCAUUAUCGUGGAAAAGAUCAAUUGAAGAGUCGAUCAGGAUGUCGAGCGACAUCUGGAUUGAGUUCCAUGACCUUGAUAGUUUCUGCGCAACAAUGCUAGAUUGGCACCUCACCAAUCGUUCCCCGAAGACAUUAUCAGGAAGGCGUCAGCUAUUGGCCGCUGGCGAGGAAUGGGGCGGAAGGUCCUUCGGUGUGUUCCGAAUCGAGAAAUAUGGAGCGGACGUGAUGGGAUACAAGCUAACGGCGUGCUCCAAGAAAGAGGCGUGCAAGGAUCUGGGCGUGUAUGCUUCCAAGGAUAAGACCUGGUUGGGUGUGAGUGACGAGCCACUCAUGGUUGUGUUUAUGAGGAAGACAUCGUAUUAG